AUUUUGGGUUUAGUAGCUUGCAUACAGUUGAACUUGUUUAUCUUUUUAUAGUUACUAAAAGAUGGCCUCCAGGCUAUAAAAUCCAAAAUUAUUGAAAUUAAAGAAACUUGUUUUUUUUUUUACAUAUAUCAGAAUGUCAAAUAGACAUGUUGUUAUUUUAUGGUGCCACCUAUCGCACUAAGCUAACACAAGAAGUAAAGUUUGGAAACUAAUUAACAUAAGAAAUUUUACUGUGGAAAAUUCCUUAAUCAAUAGAGUGAAAAAUCAUGACCUACUCUCGUAGUUUGCUCAAAAUCUCCACCAAAACUCGACCAAAAUUUUAGGUUACAUCUCUAUAACCAAAAAGACUAACUCCUUAGUACCCCUUACCCUUCCUAGUUGUAACUACCUUUUUCAAGAUUCUACCCCAAUCUUGAUAGCCUUUACAACUCGAGGAACAAACAUCUAUUACAAAAUGUGUAUAAAGUAAAUAGGUUACAAUUCAGGAUCUAUCAACUAAGCAACUCGACUACUAAAGCAAUAGCUUCUUAGGAACAUGUUCUCUUCGUUGAUAGUUGACUCUCACAAAGCACUCCUCUCAAUGACUACUAUUUGCUAAGAAUAAAUCUUAAUGUGUGCAAAUAGCAUCUAUCUUCAAUGACAUCAAUAUGGUGCUUUGUAUAAGAGAGGUUAUGGUUGAAUAUUUUCUUGCCUUCUUGCUCCAAAACCUAUUGGAAUUUGGUCAAGAAAUCAAAUCCUUAUUGGACUUGGUUUCCUUACAUGUUUCGACCUUCACGUGUGACUUCUCCUAAACCCAAAACUCUUUCCUUUUGUGCAAUUAUGGUAAUCUUCCACGUUGAGUUCCAGGAGUCUUCUGUUUCACUUUUGAGUCUACCACCAAUUCAUUGGCCAGAAGAGCAUUUAACCUUUGUCUCCCCUUCAAGGAUGCCAUUUGAUGUUUAUCUACCAAUUUGUCCAUGACAGUCUUCAAUCUUUCUGUGAUCAACUUAGAGAUAAUUUGAUAAACUCCCCCAAUUAGGCUUAUUGGCCUAACGUCUUUCAAUUCUUCUGCACCAUGCUUCUUAGGGAUUAAUGCUAUUAAGGUAGCAUUAAAAGACUUCUCAAAAAAUUCAUUCUAAUAGAGCUCAUCAAGUCCUCUCUCAAAACUUCCCAACAAGACUUGUAAAAACCCAUUGUGAAACCAUCUGGGCCUGGGGGUCUAUCUAGAGAACAUUGAGUGAUACCCUGGUAGACCUCAGUUUUUGUGAAUGGCUUUGAAGCCAAUCUUGUUCUUCAUUUGUGAUCUUCAGACAGUCUGUUUAGUCAAAUGUAGGUCUCCAUGCUUUAGAUUCUGAGUAAAGUUUUUGUAAAAGUCUACCAUAGCCAUCUUGAUACCCUCUGGUUCUAGAGCUUCUUCUCUCCUUACCACCAACCUAUCAAUAGUAUUGUAUCUCUUAUGAGCUGUUGCCAUCCUUUUGAAAAAUCUAUUAUUUUUGUGCCCCUGUUGAAGCCAAAGAACUCUAGAUUUUUCCUCCAACUUGGCUCCCCAUUUUUGGCCAAGUCGUCUAGUUCUACUACUACUGUUGUCUGUUCCCCUUAUCAUCAUCUCCUCCUCAGUCAGUUCUUUGGAGUCAAGAACAUGAUCUAGGUUUGUUAAUUCUUUUAGCAGACUAUUCUUUCUGUUACAUUCUCACUGGACUUUUCUUUACUCCAGAAGGAAUGCCUUUGAGUGAGAGCAGAAUGUAGGAACAAAGCUUCCCGGAGUCCAUCGAUUUAUUCCCAAUCCCGUCUUGUUCUCUCACCAACUUGAAUAGCUUAUGGACUUUGAGCUUUUUCUUCAGUAACUGAAGUUUAAGAAAUUUUAGGUUACAAUGCUAAAACCAACGGGACUAACUCCUUAGUACCUUACACUUCCUAGUUGUAACUGUCCCUUUCAAGAUUCUACCACAAUUUUGAAAGCCUUUACAACUCGAGGAACAAACACCUAUUACAAAACGUACAUGAAAAUAGGUUACCAAUUAAUAACUAUCAGCUAAGCAACUCGAGAACUAAAGCAAUAGCUUCUUAGGAAUAGGUUCUCUUCAUUGACAGUUGCUCCUACAAAUAGAGGCGAAUCUACGAUUUCUUAAAGAUGGGUGUGCUACUAAAGAAGGGAGAAAAAAAUGCAUCAAGUGGGACUUGAUCCUUGUACCUCUAGGAAUUUUCAAGUUAUGCAAGAAUUAGGCUCCAUUCAAAUACUUGAUUUUUUAAGCCAGACAGUUGAAACUUUUGAAGAUAAACAAUGAAAAGUAAAUCGCUUUCAAGAAAUAGAAAUUAUGUUGAAAGGGGAAUUGGGGAGGAUGUUGCAUUGAAUAAAUCAAGCAUGGAGGUUGAUUUUGGCAAUUUGAUAUGGGUCCAGCUCAACGGUCAAUCGUGGCUUGGUCAGGUCGUUGAUGAGAAAGUUGUAGGUGGGAACAAAAAGCCCACAAAAAAGGUAGCUGGUGAAGUCCUUGUUCGGUUGUAUGGAAGCUACACAUAUUUGUAUGUGGAUCCUAUUAAAUCUCAAUUGGAAUAUGAGAAGAUAAUUGAGAGAUACAAUGGCAGUCUUGUUAACAUACUAGGUGAAGCUCUAAAGCAGGAUCUCCUUCAUCUCAAAUCUGGUGCAAUGAAGAUGGAAGACAUACAAUCUAAGGCAGAAACUCUAGGCGCUGCUGCAUCUCGAGGCAAAGGAAACAACAAAAGUCAGGACAUGACACCCUCAACUUCUGCAAUAGCAUCGGCAGGAGAAUAUGCACCUAGAAGACGUCGAAUGAAGGUAAUGCAAGCGCUUGGUUUGAUGGCUCCUCCUGGAUCACCAUUUCAUCCAAAGUAAUGUGUCCCUGUGACUCUGGAAUCUGUUGCCUGUAGUCCAUUUACUGAUCAUGCUAUGAACCAUUACCCUCAUGAGGCAUAGUAUUGUUGAUACUAACAGCUAGAUGUAAUAUUAAAUAAUUCAAGAAAGUUUUCAUCCAAAAGUAACGUGUCUCUCAAUGACAGAUCAGUUGUCUGUAGUCGACUUGUUGAUGAUCUUGAAGUAAAUAUCUAGGACUGAUUUGACAAUGACAAUUAUGUUUGGGAUUGAUAUAGUGAUUAUUGUUGAUGCUAACAUAUGAA